AUGGUGACCCACGGCCCUCACCCAUUCGAUCCCAUCUCACCGGGGGAGAUCAAGCUUGCCGUCAAGAUUCUUGAGGCGACUUUCCCUGGUGUCCCCCUUCGUUACAAGCGCAUUGACGUCAAUGAGCCCAUCAAGAAGGAUGUCAUCGCAUACAUUGAAGCAGAGCGCCUACGUCGCCCGCUGCCCCCACCACCUGCUCGUUUGCUCUACGUCCUUUUCCACCGUCUCGAUACCGGCGCGUUCUACAAAGCUAUUCUCAAUGCCGACAAGCGCUCAAUCGUCUAUGCCAAGGAGCUUCCAAAGGAGGUUCAGGGCCCCAUCGACAUCGACGAGAUCGCCGGAAUCGAAGAAAUGUGUAUGAAGCACCCUGCCGUACUCGCCGAGAUUGAAAAGCUGCAAUUGCCCGCGGGCGUGACAGUCUGCAACGACCCUUGGAUGUACGGCACAGACAAUGAUACCGAAGAUCGACGCCUCUUCCAAUGCUUUAUGUACAUGGUCGAGACCGACCACCCUCAGAACAAUCACUACUCUCUUCCUUGCAAGUUCUCACCGGUGUUCGAUGGAUUGACCCAUGAGCUGGUGCGCAUGGAUUACCUCCCCGGUGGAGGUGACUUUGAGACGACCACCACACAGCCCUGGAAGCCCGUCAAGACGGUGCAAUAUGCUCAUGAUCUUUUGGAUGAGCCGGUUCGUACCGAUCUCAAACCCUACAUCGUGCAGCAACCCGAGGGCCCUUCAUACUCGGUAGAUGGCAACUCUGUGUACUGGCAGAAGUGGCGCUUCCGUGUGGGUUUCAAUGCUCGUGAAGGGCUGGUUAUAUAUAAUGUCACUUACGAUAACCGGAACCUUUUCUACCGAUUGGCUGUCUCUGAGAUGACUGUUCCUUACGGAGACCCUCGUGCACCUUAUCAUCGCAAGCAGGCAUUUGAUGUCGGUGACACUGGCUUUGGAAUGAACGCCAAUCAGUUGGCUCUGGGAUGUGACUGCCUUGGUCAUAUCAAGUACUUCGACGGCUAUCGCAACGACUGCAAGGGAAACCCAUUGCAGUUGAAGAACGUUAUUUGUAUGCACGAGCAAGAUAACGGUUUGCAACACAAGCAUACCAACUAUCGGUCUGGCGCCGCUACUGUCGUGCGUAACCGUCAGCUUGUCCUACAGAUGAUUUGCACCGUGGCCAAUUACGAAUAUAUCUUCAACUACAUCUUCGACCAGGCCGCAAAUGUUGAAUUGGAAGUUCGCGCCACGGGUAUCCUCUCCACCGUGCCAUUUGAUAACGAGAACGGUCAGACCGUUCCCUGGGGCACGAAUGUCGGCCCAGGUGUCAUGGCUCCUUUCCACCAACAUAUGUUCUCCCUCCGCGUGGAUCCUGCGAUUGAUGGCUUCAAGAACACCAUCUAUUAUGAGGACAGCGUUCCGAUGCCGGAAGACGAAAAGAAUCCCUACCUCGUGGGUUACGUUUCUGAACCCACAGUUAUGCGCACAGCAGGCACGGCAAACACAAGUGUGGAUCGUCAUCGUGUCUUCAAGAUCCGAAACGACAAUGUCACAAACCCUAUCACUUACAAACCAGUGGCAUAUAAGCUCAUGGCGGCUCCUAGUCAAAUGCUUCUUGUCAGCAAGAACGCUCCAGGCUACCGCCGCGCUGAGUUUGCCACGAAGCCCAUCUGGGUGACCAAGUAUCAGGAUGACGAGUUGUAUGCUGCUGGCGAGUUCACCAACCAAAGUCGUCGUGCAGAAGGUGUCGAAACCUGGGUCCAGCGCAAGGACAACACAGAGAACGAGGAUGUGGUUUUAUGGCACACCUUCGGCCUCACUCAUAACCCUCGAAUUGAGGACUUCCCUGUCAUGCCGAUGGAGAAGAUCAGUGUCAUGUUGAAGCCAGAUGGCUUCUUCAACAAGAAUCCGGCACUUGACGUGCCGCAGUCUUCUCAACUGUUCAACAAAUCCUCGCUGCAUCCCGAAGAAGAGCCCGCUUCUUGUUGCGCGGGAUCAUCCUCCGCUGGCAGCAAGGCAAAGCUUUACAAGAGGAUUGACUAG